AUGAGUGACACCACUCUUCAUUUAUCGAGUGCAUCUUGUCAUGGAAACAUCCAGAAAGCAGAUUCUGAUGCCUCGAAAUCUGUCAGCAGCUCGUCCUCAAACAAUGGGCAGUCUGUCUGUUGUCUUAAUGCCAACUGCGCCAACGGAGGUCCGGCGGUUCACUUGGUCAAUCAAAAACAAGUUCCAACUCGGACAUUGCCUGCUAGUAGUAGCCCAUUCAGAUCAUCACCUAACCUGACGAAUUCACUACCAUCGACUCUUAGGAAUGAGGCCAAUUCGCCUUUGGUUCAAGUGUGGAACGAAGCCGGCAUCGAUUCUGGAGCUGCCAUUACAGCCAAUUCACAUUACGCUGCCUCUGGCCUUCGGGUCAACGUAAACACCAUCGCCGCCGCUCCCGUCUGGGAUGGAGAGCAGUUGGAGUCCCUCCCCUCAGCGGGAAUCAGUCCCAAAAUGGCAAUAAGACAAUUUUAA